AUGAGGAUUAUUUGCAGACAGAUUGUCUUGUUAUUUUCUGGAUUUUGGGGACUCGCCAUGGGAGCCUUUCCGAGCAGCGUGCAAAUAGGUGGUCUUUUCAUCCGAAACACAGAUCAGGAAUACACUGCUUUUCGAUUAGCAAUUUUUCUUCAUAACACCAGCCCCAAUGCAUCGGAAGCUCCUUUUAAUUUGGUACCUCAUGUGGACAACAUUGAGACAGCCAACAGUUUUGCUGUAACAAAUGCCUUCUGUUCCCAGUAUUCUAGAGGAGUUUUUGCCAUUUUUGGACUCUAUGAUAAGAGGUCUGUACAUACCUUGACCUCAUUCUGCAGCGCCUUACACAUCUCCCUCAUUACACCAAGCUUCCCUACUGAGGGGGAGAGCCAGUUCGUGCUGCAGUUAAGGCCUUCCUUACGAGGAGCACUCUUGAGUCUGCUGGAUCACUACGAAUGGAACUGUUUUGUUUUCCUGUAUGACACAGAUAGGGGAUACUCAAUACUGCAAGCUAUUAUGGAAAAAGCAGGACAAAAUGGCUGGCAUGUCAGUGCUAUAUGUGUGGAAAACUUUAAUGAUGUCAGCUAUAGACAACUUCUAGAAGAGCUUGACAGAAGGCAAGAGAAGAAAUUUGUAAUAGACUGUGAGAUAGAAAGGCUUCAAAACAUAUUAGAACAGAUUGUAAGUGUUGGGAAGCAUGUUAAAGGCUACCAUUAUAUCAUUGCAAACUUGUACACCUCUGCUCUGACUUAUGAUGGAGUCCUUGUGAUGGCCGAAACUUUCCGAAAUCUUAGAAGGCAAAAAAUUGAUAUUUCAAGGAGAGGAAAUGCUGGGGAUUGUUUGGCAAAUCCUGCUGCUCCAUGGGGUCAGGGGAUUGACAUGGAGAGGACACUCAAACAGGUUGGCUACUGGAAUGAUAUGGAUAAAUUGGUCUUGAUUCAAGAUGUACCUACUCUUGGCAAUGACACAGCAGCUAUUGAAAACAGAACAGUAGUUGUAACCACAAUUAUGGAAUCCCCAUAUGUUAUGUACAAGAAGAAUCAUGAAAUGUUUGAAGGAAAUGACAAGUAUGAAGGAUACUGUGUAGAUUUGGCAUCUGAAAUUGCAAAACAUAUUGGUAUCAAGUAUAAAAUUGCCAUUGUCCCUGAUGGAAAAUAUGGAGCAAGGGAUGCAGACACAAAAAUCUGGAAUGGGAUGGUAGGAGAACUUGUUUAUGGGAAAGCAGAGAUUGCUAUUGCCCCUUUGACAAUCACUUUGGUUCGAGAGGAGGUCAUUGAUUUCUCUAAGCCCUUCAUGAGUUUGGGCAUAUCUAUCAUGAUCAAAAAGCCUCAGAAAUCUAAACCAGGAGUGUUUUCCUUCUUGGACCCUCUGGCCUAUGAGAUUUGGAUGUGCAUUGUCUUUGCCUACAUUGGUGUCAGCGUGGUCUUGUUCCUAGUUAGUAGGUUUAGCCCAUACGAAUGGCACACAGAAGAGCCAGAGGAUGGAAAGGAAGGACCGAGCGACCAGCCUCCCAAUGAGUUUGGCAUCUUUAACAGCCUCUGGUUUUCCCUGGGUGCUUUUAUGCAGCAAGGAUGUGACAUUUCACCCAGAUCCCUCUCAGGUCGAAUUGUUGGAGGUGUUUGGUGGUUCUUUACACUCAUCAUUAUAUCAUCUUAUACUGCUAACCUCGCUGCUUUCCUGACCGUUGAGCGAAUGGUCUCCCCCAUAGAAAGUGCAGAAGACCUGGCCAAACAAACAGAAAUUGCCUAUGGAACAUUGGAUUCAGGGUCAACAAAGGAAUUCUUCAGAAGAUCAAAAAUAGCAGUGUAUGAAAAGAUGUGGACCUACAUGCGAUCAGCAGAGCCGUCCGUGUUCACUAGAACUACAGCUGAGGGAGUAGCUCGUGUCCGCAAAUCCAAGGGCAAAUUUGCCUUUCUCCUGGAGUCCACUAUGAAUGAAUACAUUGAGCAGCGAAAGCCAUGUGACACGAUGAAAGUGGGAGGAAAUCUGGAUUCCAAAGGCUAUGGAGUAGCAACGCCCAAGGGUUCCUCAUUAAGAACUCCUGUAAACCUUGCCGUUUUGAAACUCAGUGAGGCAGGCGUCUUAGACAAGCUGAAAAACAAAUGGUGGUACGAUAAAGGUGAAUGUGGACCCAAGGACUCUGGAAGCAAGGACAAGACGAGUGCCUUGAGCCUGAGCAACGUAGCAGGCGUCUUCUACAUUCUGGUUGGCGGCUUGGGCUUGGCAAUGCUGGUGGCUUUGAUAGAGUUCUGUUACAAGUCCAGGGCAGAAGCGAAGAGAAUGAAGCUGACCUUUUCUGAAGCCAUAAGAAACAAAGCCAGAUUAUCCAUCACUGGGAGUGUCGGAGAAAAUGGCCGUGUCUUGACACCCGACUGCCCAAAGGCUGUACACGCUGGAACUGCAAUUAGACAAAGUUCAGGAUUGGCUGUCAUUGCAUCGGACCUACCAUAA